UCCAAACCCCUGCUCCAUUCCCAAAAUAGCAAUCUCUCUCCUCUCCUCUCCGCUCCCCUCCCCGCCGCUCCUCUUCCCCUCGCCGCCGAGAGGAGAGACCGAUCCCAUCCCAUCCCGGCGGGAGCUCCGCCGCAGACUUCCCCAUCAGCUGCUUUCGCGUGCGCUUCCGGCGGGUUGGAGCGAUACGGUUUCGACGUGUCCGUAGCGCGAUUUCCCCCGCCUUAUCUUGUUGGGCGGUGCGGUUCCUUGUGAGGGAGGGUUCUUGGGGGUUUGGGGGGCAUGGACCCGGUGCCGAGUCUGGUCAAGGAGGAGGAGGAGGAGGAGGGUGCGCACGGGAGAGGCGAUUCGCCGGGGGCCAGGGCGGCGCCAAGGCCGAUGGAGGGGCUGCACGACGCCGGGCCGCCGCCGUUCCUGACGAAGACCUACGACAUGGUGGAUGACCCCAACACCGACAGCAUCAUGUCGUGGAGCUCCGGCAACAACAGCUUCGUGGUGUGGGAUCCGCACGCCUUCGCCACGGUGCUACUACCCAGGCACUUCAAGCACAGCAACUUCUCCAGCUUUGUCAGGCAGCUCAACACCUAUGGCUUCAGAAAGGUGGAUCCUGACCGAUGGGAGUUUGCCAAUGAGGGUUUCCUACGGGGACAGAGGCACCUGCUGAAGAACAUCAGGCGUCGAAAGCCUCCCGCUCAUACUGCUUCAAAUCAGCAGUCCCUUGGAUCUUACCUUGAAGUGGGGCACUUCGGAUAUGAUGCAGAGAUCGACCGGCUGAAAAGGGACAAACAGCUAUUGAUGGCAGAAGUGGUGAAGCUAAGGCAGGAACAGCAGAACAUGAAGGUGCAUCUGAAAGCCAUGGAGGAUAGGCUACGUGGAACCGAGCAGAAGCAGCAGCAGAUGACUUCAUUCAUGGCACGUAUCUUGCGGAACCCUGAAUUCUUGAAGCAACUGAUUGCCAAGAAUGAGAUGAGCAAGGAGCUCCAUGACGCUAUCUCGAAGAAAAGGAGGCGCCGCAUCGACGGUGGACCUGAAGCUUAUGCCGUGGGCGCUAGUAGCAGCAACCUGGAGCAAGAGUCGCCUGUUGUGUUUGAUUCUCAUGGGUCAGUGGAACUUCUUGCCGAGGGGUCAGUGCCGGUGCCCGUGGAACUCCUUGCUGAUGGGAUCCCACCAGAUCUGGAAGGUUCAGUGGCACUCCUUGAUGACGGGAUUCCACCUGACCUGGAAUGUUCAGUGGAACUCCUUGUUGAUGGGAUUCCAGCUGAUCUCAACGGCUCAGGCAUCGACGCUAACGGCGUAACAGAGCCACAGGAUUUUGGUCUCGGUACAUGUGAAGCGCAGCAGAACAGAGUCCCGGGGUUGUUCCAUGAUAAUUUCUGGGAGGAGCUGCUGAACAAAGGGCUCAGCGGUGAGAACGACGAGCCGGUUAACGCCGACGGCAUGGAUGUGCUGUCUGAGAAGAUGGGCUAUUUCAUCCCAAAUAGUCCAACCCUCUCAACCUAGUUCCAUUCCAUUCUAUCAAAUUGCCGUGACUUUCUUCAUGUUUCAUCUAUCCACCCUGUGGUGCCUAUGCAAGUGUCGGCAGUGAUUCCCCACCGUGUCCUGGUCUUCGAGUCGUCUAAACCCUAGACUUCCCUGGGAUUAUGUGAUUUAUCAGUGUUUCCUUCGAUUGACCUUAGAGAUCUGUUUGUUGUUUCAGGCGAUAUAGCCUCGUCAGUCUGUAAAGCGGGCACUGCUAGGUGUUCAAUGCACAUGUUCUGGUCUAUACCGUGUAAGACGGUCUUUUGUGGGCUAAAGUUGUACUCCUGUCUGGAUUUA